GUUCAUGAAUUGUGCGAUAACUUCUGCCAUCGGUACAUUAGUUGUUUGAAAGGAAAAAUGCCAAUAGACCUCGUUAUUGAUGAAAGGGAUGGCAGCUCCAAAUCAGACCACGAAGAACUCUCAGGAUCUUCCACAAAUUUAGCCGAUCAUAAUCCUUCAUCUUGGAGAGACCACGAUGAUGCAACCUCAACACACUCGGCAGGCACACCGGGGCCCUCCAGUGGGGGCCACGCUUCCCAGAGCGGAGACAACAGCAGCGAGCAAGGAGAUGGUUUAGACAACAGUGUAGCCUCACCUGGUACAGGGGAUGAUGAUGAUCCAGACAAGGACAAAAAGCGUCAGAAGAAAAGAGGCAUUUUCCCCAAAGUAGCAACAAAUAUCAUGAGAGCGUGGCUUUUCCAGCAUCUCACACAUCCAUAUCCUUCAGAGGAGCAGAAGAAACAGUUAGCCCAAGACACGGGACUUACAAUUCUACAAGUAAACAACUGGUAA